UAAACUUCAUCGAUUUUUAAAUUUUUGUUAAGAUUUCGUUUUUAAAUCCUAAGAACACGCAAAAUGCCUUGUGGUGAUCAUUUGGAACUCUCCAUUGGUGUAAUGGAGGAAACGAGGUUUAAGAAGAAGCAUUCACAUUUAAUCAAACGGCUGGCUAAAGAACUUCAUUUUACUUACGAAGAAAUGGAAGUUAUCAUGUUAAUUUAUUAUAAAAUACAAAAAAUGAAUGGCGAAAAAUCAGGGGGUGUAACAAAAGUACAACUUCGAGAAAUUUUACAUGUUGCAUUUGACAUGACAGAUGUAGAUUUAACCAAUGACGUAGUUAUGUCAAUGGUAAAAGGUCCCAGCUCUUUUGUACCAAUGAGUACGUGGGCUAGAGUGAUGUCACUUUUCUUGCGUGGAACAUUGGAGGAAAAGAUUAGCCACUGCUUUAAGGUGUACGAUGUGAUGAUGUCAGGAAAAAUCGGAAGAGAUAUAAUGGUACGGUUUUUACGUAAUUGCCUUGUGGGAACAUCAGAUGAGGACUCAGAAGAUGCUGUGAAGGAUUUAGUUGAGUUACUGACAAAGAAAAUGGAUAUGGAUAGAGAUUUAAAAAUUUCGUUUGACGAUUACAGACAAACCAUUUUAAAAGAUCCUCUCCUAAUGGAAUGCAUGGGCCAAUGUUUACCCUCUAGAUUAUCAGUGCACAGUUUUAUGAUUUCAUGUAUGGCAAAAGUUUCAAAGUUAUGAUUUAAGUAGAUAAAUAUAAAAUUUAUG